UCUCACUCGCAUCUGCUGGACGCUGGCUGAAGUCCUGAGAGAGCUUCAGGCCCUUUCACAUCGAGAGGAGUCCCCUGAACAAAAAAUCAUCGAGAAAAUGGAACGUGAAUAUCGGAAUUUUUUGGUCCGAGAAAAGAAGGCGUGGCAGAAAUACAAAACACCGCUCCGACCACUAACUUCAAAGGUCAUCAUGCUGCCUGGUGCUAAUCUCUUCACCGACUCGCCAUCGUCAAUGUCAAUCGGCCACUGCGUCGCGGAGGAUUUUGAAAUGUCCGCCGGGCUUGCUGUCGACUUUCGAGAGCUCUUUGGAAACGUCGAGUACUUGCUGUCCUUGGGCCUAAAGGUCGGCCAGGUUGCAGUUUUGCCCAUCCAGCAGAAUGACGGCGGCUUCAGGUUCGCACUUUAUAUCAUCACGAAGCAGAGGUCAAGAGGAACGCGUCCAACACCUGAAAAUUUCGAGGCUGCCAUCAUCUCCCUGCGUGAGGUAUGCAAGAUCCUCGGAAUAAAGCAGCUAGGUCUCCCGAAGAUCGGCGCUGGGCUUGACAAGCUUCCUUGGGAGUUUUGCCUUGACGUCCUUGAGCGAGUUUUCGAAAACUCCGAGACCGAGGACGCCAGGCUCACCGGCACUGGACAGCCAGGAUGACUUUCCACCGCUCCCGGAGUCCCAGCAGACCUCCUCAUCAAACAGCAGGCUAAGCCAAAGCGCUAUAAAUUCUCCAUCCCAGGGUGAAAAACAAAAUAACUCAUCUCUUGUCUCUCCUGUUUCAGCUGCGCCACCGAGUCACCUAAAAAAACAAAAAACUUCGCCUACUCGCCGAUGGGAGAUAGACAUGACCAAACAGCAGGCGUUCCAGGAGCAGGUGGCGAGGCCCGCAGCUGACCCCGGGCGUGGCCGUGCCCCGUCAAAAGCAGCCAAAACUACAGCAGGAUCAGGUGGACAAGCUGGGCGCACACCGGAGACCUGUAAAAAAGCUGGGGUGCCCUCCCGUGCGUCCAGCCCCACCUCAUCACCUGCAAACAAAGGUGAAUUAAAUUUGAAUCAGUCAACCUACCCUGAGGAGGAAAAUAAUUUUAGUCUGGAGGCCACCAACUACUCUGGAGGAGGCGACGGCAAGAAGGAGUCCAUGAGUCUGGCAAAGUUCUUUGCUGACCUGGAAGGAGCAAGGGAGGCUGAGAAUCUUCGGGAAAAUUUUGCCGGUGGGGGUAGCCUGCACCAGCUGCCCCCACUUGAUUCCGAUCACCGACCCCCCCGGCAAACUCCCAAUGAGAAGGUAAUAGUCGGUAUCUUGGAAGUACCCAAAGUCUCACCCCUCUCUCCGCUCGAGCCCUCAGAACAGUCAAACCCCGCCCCACCCUUGGCUCCUGAUGCGCCCAGUUCAGUUGACCUGGCCAGUGAGCUGUCCGGCAUGAGGCGCAGCAUCGACGCGCUGGCCGAGAAAGUCUCGGUCGGGCUACGUGGGACAGUCCCGGUCAACAUCAGGCGACCGCAGCCGAGAAAGGAGGCCAGCCCCGUGCGCAACUUGAGUAAGCAGCCCGCCCCAUCGGCUCCAUCUCCGAAGAUUGCCGCACCAUCACCCUCAAACUCCACAUCAAUAAAUAACAGAAGAAACUCAAAAAACACAAACAACAAGUCCCUUCCAAAAAACACUUAUGUAAUUUAAAAAUACUACAUUUGAAUGUUCGAGGCCUCAAGACACCCAAUAAGUAUACUGAAUUCACUAGCUUCAUUCACAGUCUAAAAGAGCGUCCAGAUCUAAUUGUUAUUACGGAACACUGGUUGGAUGCACUUGAAGUUAAAAACUUUUAUCUGGAGGGAUUCGAACUAUUAUCCUACUUUGGAAGAAGCAUAAAAAAACAUGAAAGGGGUGGGGUUCUAAUUCUGAAAAAUAAAUUAAUCAAAGGCCCAACAAAAGCUGUUAAAAUAUUUUCAAGGGAAAUGUUCUAUGAGUUCUGUGCAAGUAAAUUAACUCUCCGGUCUGAAAAUAUUAAUGUAAUCGGUAUUUAUCGACCGAGCAAUCCGAGUUCAAACACAGUAGUUCCUGAAUUUUUAGAACACUUAGACACAGUACUUAUGCAAUCUAGAUUUAGUGGCCACUUAAUUUUAGCCGGAGAUCUCAAUAUCGAUCUUCUUGGUAAUGACAAUAAUAGCACUAAAUUAAAAGAGAUUACUAAAUUUCACAAUUUAAACCUGUUGAAUGUAAAUAAAAUAACUAGGGAAAAUGUAAAUGGGGGUACACUUUUAGACCAUGUUAACGCUAAUUUCAAUCUCGAAAGCUCGUUCGAAAUUAUUCCCAUGUUAUUUUCUGAUCAUUGCGCCGUAUACGUGUCUGUUUCUCUGCCAGUCGAAAAAUUGACAGAUAGUUUUAAAUAUGUCAGAAAUUAUUCGGAAGAAAAUUUUCUCAGAUUUAAUUCUUUGCUUGAACAAGAAUAUUGGGGUCAAGUAUAUCAGGCUAGCUCAAUUGAUACUAAAAGUGAAAAAUUCAUGGCCAUACUAAUUAAACACUUUGAAAAAUCCUUCCCAAUGAAACGUGUAACAAUAAGAGCAAACCAAACUGGAAAAAUUAAACUAUCCGAGGAAACAAAAAAACUACAGAAAAAUAUGAUCGAACUCAGUUUAGAAAUAAAAUCGAACUUGGAUCAAAAUAAAGUUUUGGAUAUGAAGACCAAAUUAAAAUCUAUUAAGAAAAAAGUCUUGGACAAUAUUCAAAAAGAAACUAAAGUAGUAAAUGACAAUAAAAUAUCAAAAGCAAAAAAUAAAUCUAGUGCAGCCUGGAAACUUAUUAACUCACAAUCUUGUAAAAAUAAAAAUUUAGAUUCUAUUGAGGCGUUGAAUAUUGAUGGUGUUAAUGAGUCAAUUAAACUUAAUAUAGCUAAUUGCCUGAAUAAUAAGUUUGUCGAAUCAGAGCCAGAUGUAAGUAAUAUAAAUGUAGAUGACUGCUCGAAACUGAUAGAGGAUAAUAAUAUUACGGCUCAAAGCCUACAGUUGAUGAAAGAUUUUGAGAUUUAUAGUAUAAUUAAUCAGCUUCCGACUAAACACUCAUAUGGGUGGGACGGAAUCUCAACUAAUGUCUUGAAAAAAAUCUCAAUCUAUAUUACCGCCCCACUUACUCAUCUUAUAAACGAGUCAUUUUUGCAAGGGAGAUUUCCUGAUAAUAUGAAACUAGCUAAAAUAAUUCCACUGUUUAAAAAAGGUGAAAAGGAUGAUCCUUCUAAUUAUAGACCAAUAGCUAUUACUUCAGCAAUAUCUAAAGUGUAUGAAAAAGCUUUUCUACAUAGACUUGAUACUCACCUUACUGUAAAUAAUAUCCUAAUCCCUGAUCAACAUGGUUUUAGAAAAGGAAAAAGUACAGUGACAGCCCUUUAUAGUUAUGUAACAUCUCUGUAUGAAUCUGUUGAAGCCAGGGAGAAGGUUAAUGUUAUACUGUAUGAUUUUUCAAAUGCAUUUGGAACACUUUACCCGCCUCUUCUUGUCCACAAACUAAAACUAUACGGCUUACAUAUAAAUCUGCUCUUGUGGCUUGAAUGUUUUUUGACGAAAAGGAAACAGUAUGUACAACUGAAAAAUCUUGGUUGUGAUCGAUAUGAAGAAUUUAUUAAUUCAGAUGUAAUCGAGAGUAAUAUGGGUGUGCCUCAGGGCACAGUCCUUGGCCCAAUUGGCUUCACUACGUACUUAAAUGAUAUUGCCCUUGUUGUUCUCCUGGCUCUCCUUAUUCUAUUUGCUGACGAUUCCACAGCAAUCGUUAAAGGUGAUUCUUCUUCUGAAGUGAAUUCAAAAACUGUCGCCGUGAACGAAAGCUUUGUCGGUUUUGCAAAAGAUAAUUUCCUUAGAAUUAACUCCAAAAAAUCUAAAAUUUUGCAAAUACAUACAAGCCAAACUAGAAAUUUAGUCCAACCUGAAGUCACUAUUGAUGAUCAGAAAAUAGAAAUCUCAAAGACUGGUAGAUUAUUAGGAGUACAAAUAAACGACACUUUAAAUUGGACUGAUCAAUGUGAUAAAGUUGUUAAAAAACUACGAAGUGUUACACAUGUAUUUACUAGAUUAAAAUAUACAGUUUCCGAUGAUAUUCUUAAAUUGAUAUAUUAUGCCCAUGUACAAAGUCAUAUAAUGUACGGAAUUGUGAUCUGGGGUGGCUCAUGUCAUUUAAUAAAUGUUUUUCGAGCACAAAAAAGAGCCUUGAGAGCUAUGGCAGGCGUUCCGUAUUGGAGAUCAAAUAAAGCUCUGGAUUCCUGUAAACCUUUAUUCAUAAAAUAUAAUAUUAUGACAGUGCCUUCUCUAUAUAUACUUGAAUGUAUUAAAUUUCUAGUGCGGAAUCGUCACCUCUUUCGGAAAUAUUGUGAUAGUGUGGAUACAAGGAGGUUGACUCGAUAUAAUCAAAGAAACUUUUGUGUAAAUGACCUAGUUGUGAGGGAAGUUACUCUUAAAAAAUCUGUAGAAAGUCCUGACUAUAUGAUCCCAAGAAUCUUUAAUGCUCUGCCUAGAAACUUGAAAACCCUCGAAAAUGACGAGGUACUUGUUAAAGAAGUGAAAGCUUUUGUACUGCAACAUCAAUUUUAUGACUUAAACGAAUUCUACCGUUUAAAUAAUGCUAUGUAUGUUGACUUAUUUUAAAAAGUGUUAAUUGCUAUCGCAACUUAAUGCUUAACAAAAUAAAUAAAAUUUUGAAUUUGAAUUUGAA